AUGAGACGCUCGAAGUGUGCGGUAGAGGUAGAGUUGUUAUUCUGCAACACAAGUGCAUCCUUGAUCAAAUUCCUACCAAAACCAAGCCAAACUAAUGGGAAAGAAAGUAAUUAUACUGGGAAAGCCUCUGUGGAUAUAAUCGAACAACAAAUGGAAAAAAACUCGUUAGGCGACGAUAGGAUAGCACUCUUUUUUGUAGCAGUUGAUCAAGAAACUUCGAUCAGAUGCCCGGGCUACUUUGCAAGUCUAGCUUUCCACAACACCGAAGUGUUUCCCAAGAUAUGGGCGAGUUUGAUGGCAAUGUUAUUUGCAGGACAUCAUGAUGGUUUGAUUCCGAAUCCUGCGCUUUUCUAUGGCAUCUCAUUGAUCACUACCAGUGUUUAG